AUUAUAGAGGCAUCAGCUGUGGACAGACUUCUUCCUUGGAUUCCAUCUUCCUUGAAUUCCAUCUUUAUUAAUUUCCUGGUUCCAAACAUGCAAAUAAUAAAAACUCAACAUAACAAAGCUGACAAGAAAAAGCUGACUGAAAAAAAUGACGGAAAUUAUGGUCUGCAAUGACAUUUUUAUUCAUGCCUUACAAAUUACAAACUGAUGGCCUGCAUUUUAAGACUUUUAUGAUAGCUAUAAUCUACAACAAAUAUGCGCUCUGUUUGCCAAGAUGCACUUUUUGUAUAACAGCUAGUUGUGUUCCACAAAAAAGAAGAUUUUGUUUAAAUAUGUUAAUUUAAUCUCUUUCAGUCUUACAAACCAAAAACAAAAGGUUUCUCUGCACAGCAAAGGGACUUCCCCUAUAAAAUAUUUACAUACAGUGGUACUUAAAGCUGCGUCUGAAUUCUGCCAUGUGCAGCCUCGUCUCAGGGGGAAGAUGCUGUUCUACCUCGGCCUAAUAGUUUACAGUCCUUUGUCUCUGGCAGUCACACAGUGUCCUCUGAAUCACUACUACGAUGGCCUCAGUGAGGAUUGUGAGCCUUGCGAAUUACGAUGCAAUUCCCCACCAGCAACUUGCACAGCAUCCUGUACUGAGAAUGCAUGGCCAGGUACUUCAGAGUCACAGGGCAUCAACCUAAGAGUGCUUUGGGUGGUUAUCUUAGUGUUCCUGGGAGUCUUGACCCUGGCCAUGACCCUGAUCCUGUAUCUGAGAAGAAAGACUGGCAAAACUCACUCCAAACCCAAAGUGCCCUGCCAGGAGGAAGUGGGACCAACAGAACUACCAGAGGUCUUCCAGACCCUAGCUGGGACUGGCCAAGCUAUCCAAGAACAGCAGAGUGAAGUCACUCCUAACUCCAGUCUGCCCCUGCCCUCCACCGAAGAAGGCAGAACUAUGUUAGUGACGACGAAGACGGGGCAGAGCUAUGGAAGCAGGAUGCAAAGCACUGACAGCGGGACUCUCUACCAGUGGAGGUCUGGAUUUGUGCCCUGAUUGAAGA